AUGGCACGCAUGGAUUCUCGGACCGUACUCGCGUUUCUCGCUUUGGGGAUUUGUUUCACUCUCGUCUCUUCAGGGAGGAUUUAUCCACCGAAUGAAGUCACGCUGCUGGACUCGCGGUCGGUGCAGGGGGAGUUGGGAUGGGUGGCCAGUCCCACUGAAGGAGGGUGGGAGGAGGUGAGCAUCAUGGACGAGAAGAACAUUCCCAUCCGGACGUACCAGGUGUGCAACGUCAUGGAGCCCAACCAGAACAACUGGCUCCGCACCGACUGGAUCCCCCGCGGAGGAGCUCAGCGGGUCUACAUCGAGAUCAAGUUCACGCUCCGGGAUUGCAACAGCCUCCCCGGAGUCAUGGGCACCUGCAAAGAAACCUUCAACCUCUACUACUACGAAUCCAACAAUGACAAGGAACGCUACAUCCGGGAGAACCAGUUCGGGAAGAUCGACACCGUGGCCGCGGACGAGAGCUUCACCCAAGUGGACAUUGGAGACCGGAUCAUGAAGCUGAACACGGAAGUUCGCGACGUGGGUGCCUUGACCAGGAAAGGGUUUUACUUGGCGUUCCAGGACGUGGGCGCCUGUAUCGCCUUGGUUUCCGUUAGGGUCUUCUACAAAAAGUGCCCUCUUGCUGUAAGGAAUCUGGCCCAGUUUCCCGACACCAUCACGGGGGCGGAUACCUCGUCGCUGGUGGAGGUGCGUGGAUCUUGUGUGGAUAAUUCGGAGGAGAAAGAAGUUCCUAAAAUGUACUGCGGAGCGGACGGAGAGUGGUUGGUGCCCAUCGGGAACUGCCUUUGCAACCCGGGAUUUGAGGAGCGCAACUCGGAAUGCCAAGAUGGCGUUUCCGAUGCAGUCUCUUCCAUGAUGGAGCGGUUGGUUCUCAGACCGUGUGGAGAACAAGCAGAGGCCGGGGCUGUGGCGGCGGUCAGAGGAGGUCAGAGGAGGUCAGAGGAGGUCAGGGUCAUGCCUCUGUCACUCAGGCCCAAAGAGGAGAGGCUCAGAGGCUCUAGUCUGAGCUCCGGUCGCCCGAUGGGGAGGCAUGUGUUGUGUGUGGGGUUUUUAGCCUUGUCCUGA